AUGGCUUCAUCCCAACCUGGAACAGCGGCUCAAGCCAACGGCAAUUCCCGGCCUCCAAAGAGAAACUUUGAUGGCCCCAAUAGGAAAUGGAAGCCAAAGAAGACUAAGCGGGAGAAGAAUAUCACAGAAGGGUCCUCGGAAGAUAUUCUAAGACUAGACAUCAAGGCCCUCUUGGAAUCCCGGAAAUCCCAGGCUGCUAAUGGGGCAGAGGCCAGCCACGAAGGCGCUGAAGGCGCUGAGGCCAAUGGCUCGGCGCAGUUGGAUCUUCCAGAGGAGGGGACCGAGACUGAAGUGGAAGUGCUGGAGCUUUCCUCAACAGGUGACGGCCUCGCCAUGCGCCCCGGCUCCGACCAGGUCUACGUUGUCCCCUUUACUGUCCCUGGCGACAUCGUCAAAGUCAAGGUCUAUCGCCAUAUGCUGCGCGAUAACAUGACCCAAGCCGACUACAUCUCCAUCGCCAAGCCGUCGCCGCUUCGCGAUGACUCACGGAUCAAGUGCAAAUACUUCUCGCAGUGCGGCGGCUGCCAGUUCCAGAUGCUCGACUACCCCGAGCAACUGAACUUAAAGAAGCGGGUGCUUGAAAAGGCCUACCAAAACUUCUCCAACCUCCCUACAGAACUCGUACCAACCAUCCAGGAUACCAUUGGCAGCCCUCUACAGUACGGAUACCGCACUAAGUUAACACCACACUUUGACGGGCCCCCAGGGUUCAGACCCAGCAAAGGCGGGAAGAAUCCCCGCGCGUCCUUUGAGACGUGUCCAGACAUCGGCUUCAUGCUCAAGGGGAGGCGGAAAGUCAUCGAUAUUGAAGAGUGCCCUAUUGGCACGAGCGCUGUCAACCUAGGCAUGACACGAGAGAGGGAGAGGAUGAAGAAUGAGUUCAAGAACUACAAUCGCGGAGCCACAAUCCUCCUCCGUGAGAACACAAACCGGCAUAGCAAAGACAGCCCAGACGCGCCCCAAGAGGGCCAGACUCCUCCGUGUACCGUGAGAACAGAGACCGACAGCUUCGUCGACAUCAAGACCUGCGAGACGGACCACAAAGCCACCACCACCGAAUACAUUGACAACUACACCUUCACCAACCCCGCGGGCUCCUUCUUCCAGAACAACAACUCCAUCCUCCCCAAAUUCACAGCCUACAUCCGCGACCGCAUCCUCCCUCCCCUGGACGCCGAUAAGGGGAACAUCAAGUACCUCAUCGACGCCUACUCCGGCUCCGGCCUCUUCACCAUCACCAUGUCCUCCGUCUUCCAGCACUCGACGGGCAUCGACAUCGCCGCCGACUCCAUCGCCUCGGCCCGCCAGAACGCCUCGCUCAACGGCCUCGACGAGGACCGCUGCAGCUUCAUCGCCGCCGACGCCGGCGAGCUCUUCAAGAACAUCAGGUACGACGCCGACGAGACCGUCGUGGUGCUCGACCCGCCGCGCAAGGGUUGCGACGCCGACUUCCUCGGGCAGCUGACGCGGUUCGGCCCCAAGCGGGUCGUCUACGUCAGCUGCAACGUGCACACGCAGGCCCGCGACGUGGGCGUCCUCGUCAGGGGCGAGGGGGAGGGCCGCAGGUAUGAGAUGGAGAGCUUGGUUGGGUUUGACUUCUUCCCCCAGACCGGGCAUGUAGAAGGCGUCGCUAUCCUCAACCGGGUUGAAGAGUAA